CUGCGCCCCUUUGGUGCGUUCGUCGAUAUUGGCGGCGCGGACGGUCUACUGCACGUCAGUGAAAUCGGGUGGACACCGGUCAGCCACCCGCGCGAUGUUUUGCGGGUGGGCGAGCGCAUUCAGGUCGAAGUACUGCGCCUGGACCAGGAACGCAGCCGCAUCGCGCUUAGCCGCAAACGGCUUUUGUCGAAUCCCUGGGAGAGCAUUGAAGAGCGCUAUAAGGUGAAUGACACGAUUCUGGUCACCGUUACAAGAGUGAUAGAUUUUGGCGCAUUCGCCCAACUUGAACCGGGAAUCGAAGGGCUGAUCCACAUCAGCGAACUUGCCGAUAUCACUGUAGCCGAGCCACUCAAGAUGGUAAGCAGCGGUGAUCGCAUUCCGGUCAAAAUCCUACGCAUUCACCCGGACCGGCAACGCAUCGGCCUGAGCCGACGUCAGUCCGACGAAAUAAUCGGGCAGGCGCUGCUGGAGACGGAGGCAGAGAGUUACGAGAUCCGCGCUGCUGAGUAG